AUACAAUUUUAGAAAAUUGAAAACUAACGCUGUCCUCUGUAAACGAAACCAAACUAUAAAAUGUCAUCAUCGCAAUUUCCAUCUCAGUUCUUCUCAACUUUCCCCAACAAAAACACAGGGUCCUGUGUCAAUUGUUUCUACUCCCAUGGACUCCAACCCCAGCUCGGAAGAGGUAGCGAGGAACUGGCUUGAGUCGCCUGCAGACAUCAUGUCCAUGAUUCUGCUAAAGCUAGGUGCCAUUGAUAUCCUUUCCAACCUGCUAAACGUCUGCUCUUCGUGGCGUAAGAUCCGCAAGGACGAUUUGGAGAUUAUAUGCAUAGACGCUGUUGACGUCAAUUUGUUGAUAUCAAUAUUGAGUUCUUCGACUCCGAUGACUUGCUCCUCCAUAUCUCUCGGAGCUCAGAUCAACUUAGAAAACUCCCUGUUUUGCGUUCCUUUAACAUCUCAGGUGAGGGAAUCAGUUGCCAUUCUCCCCAUUUUCUGUGAAAACUAAGGAAACUGUUGGAUGGUGUUGCCCUUUCCUGAAAUCUCUUAAGCUUAACUGUCAAGAGAAGAGAAAUAUGCUAUAUUUGAACAGAAGUUUUUCUGUUUUCUGUUUCUGGAAGUGUAUAGACAACAAAUUUUGGACUGGGUUUCGUAUGAAUGUAGUUUUAAAUCUUCGAGUGCCCAUUCGGCUCAAUGACCAUCAGUAGGCUUCCAAAUAUAUAAGAUCAAUUAGCCCAAUCCAUUUCCAGGCUUCAACCAAGCCAGGCCCACGCCUACCAAAACCUUAUCCGUUGAGAGAAAUCCAAUAGAACAAAGCCACG